CGAUCCCAGCUGGCUCUGGUGGAGAUUGGUUUGCUGUGAAUAUCCUUACUACCAAAAUGAGUACCAGAAGCUUCUCAGAAGCCAUGGCAACUGACCACUUACUUUCACCAGGAGUAGGGGCCUUAUGUCUGAAUACCUUGCCCUCAGGUUCACCAAAAAUCUGUCCCCUGACAAGAUCAACUUGAGCACAUUAAAGGGGGAAGGUCAGCUGACCAAUUUAGAGCUGGAUCAAGAGGUACUUCAGAAUAUGCUGGAUCUUCCAACAUGGCUGGCUAUAAACAAGGUGUUUUGCAAUAAAGCAUCCAUUAGGAUACCAUGGACAAAAUUGAAAACACAUCCCAUCUCUUUGUCCUUGGAUAAAGUUGUAAUGGAAAUGAGCACAUGUGAAGAGCCACGUGCCCCUAAUGGACCCUCUCCUAUAGCAACUGCAUCUGGACAGAGUGAAUAUGGCUUUGCUGAAAAAGUGGUAGAAGGCAUUUCAGUUUCUGUGAACUCCAUUAUAAUAAGGAUUGGUGCAAAAGCCUUUAAUGCCUCAUUUGAACUUUCCCAGCUGAGAAUAUAUAGUGUAAAUGCAAACUGGGAACAUGCUGACCUCAGAUUUACCAGAAUACAAGAAACUCAGCGCGGAGAGGUUUUGACUUUUAAAGAAAUCAACUGGCAGAUGAUCAGAAUAGAAGCAGAUGCAAUCCAGAGUUCUAAGCAUGAAAUCAUGAGUGCUCCAGUUCGACUCAUUACUAACCAAUCCAAAAUUAGGGUCACGCUUAAAAGAAGGUUAAAAGAUUGUAAUGUAGUGGCAUCCAAACUGGUUCUGAUUCUGGAUGAUUUGCUGUGGGUUUUGACUGAUUCCCAAUUGAAAGCCAUGGUGCAGUAUGCCAAAUCUCUUAGUGAAGCUAUAGAGAAAUCAACGGAACAGAGGAAAAGCUUGGCUUCUGAAACAGCCCAGAGCUCUGCCCCUGCACCCAGCUCUCAGCAGGUGAAAAUGCACCAGACAACAGCAGCGUCUGAUCAAAACGAUGCAAUAGUAAAAUUAUUUAAUGAUUUUGAUGUUAAGGAAACUUCUCAUCACUUAGUAAUUUCCCAUUUGGACCUACAUAUAUGUGAUGAUAUCCAUUCUAAAGAAAAAGACCCAAAUAGACGUGUUACAGGAGGGGCCAUGCAGCUUUCCUUCAGCUAUUUAACAGUGGACUAUUAUCCAUUUCACAAAGCAGGAGACAGCUGUGACCACUGGAUGCAUUAUAGUGAUGCCACUAAAACCAGAAGUGGAUGGGCUGAAGAAUUAUUAAAUGAAUUCAAAAGCAAUGUUGAAUUGCUUAAGCAGGCUGUGAAGGAUCAGGUUGUAGAUUCUCCUCCCAAAUCACCACCCGAUGUAUCUCCCCAGAACCUACAAACAGGCAAAGAACAGAUACCGAAAGGAGCAUCUAGGGCUUCCUCUGUAUCUUCCCAACAUCCAAAGGGCAAACUGAUGUCUAGUCCUAUUGUGGUUAGACUUGCAGAUUUCAAUAUAUAUCAGGUUUCGACAGCAGACCAGUGUCGUUCUUCCCCUAAAGCUCUGAUCUCUUGCAAUAAAAAGUCACUUUAUCUUCCACCAGAAAUGCCAGCUAUUCAUAUUGAAUUUACUGAAUAUUACUAUCCAGAUGGAAAGGACUUUCCUAUUCCAUGUCCGAAUUUGUAUGGCCAGCUGAAUGCUUUACAGUUCACCCUGGAUGAGAGAAGUAUUCUUUGGCUGAAUCAGUUUGUGUUGGAUUUGAAACAGAGUCUUAUUCAGUUCAUGGCCAUGUACAAGCUAAAUGACAAUUCAAAAUCAGAUGAACAUGUUGAUGUUAGAGUGGAUGGACUAAUGUUGAAGAUCAUCAUCCCAUUUGAAAACAAAUCUGAAAUUCAUAAAGAUCAACCUCGUGCACUUUCCAUUCAAAGUUCAGAGAUGAUUGCUACGAACACCAGAUGCUCACCAAACUGCAGACACUCUGAUCUAGAAGCUUUGUUUCAGAACUUCAAAGACUCUGAAUUUUUUAGUAGAACUUUCACCAGUUUUCCUAAGUCCCAGAAAAAUUUUAAUCUUUUGCAUCCAAUCUUCCAGAGACAUGCUCAUGAACAAGACACUAAAAUGCAUGAUGUUUAUAAAGGUUAUAUCAUCCCAAAAUUGAAUAAAUAUGCAUUAAAGACAUCUGCAGCUACUGAUGUUUGGGCUUUGCAUUUUUCCCAGUUUUGGAUAGAUUAUGAAGGAACGAAAAGUGGGAAAGGCCGACCAAUAAGCUUUGUGGACUCAUUCCCGCUUUCACUUUGGAUUUGCCAGCCUGUAAGAUUUGCAAAGUCACAAAAAGAGCUUUUAUCGCAUAAUCAGACAGCUUUGAACAUUCCAAGAAGUGAAUCUAGUGAUCUUGCUAAUAGAUUGCAACGUAAAAAACUUCUAAAGGAAUAUUACAGCACUGAGACAGAGCCCUUGACCAAUGGCAUUCAAAUGUCUGAGACUUCAGGAGUGCUUUCUGAAAGCUCUUCCUCUGAUGCAGAUGUACAUGUUCUUGUCCAUGUUCAGAAACAUGUAAGCGUGCAGAUCAAUCACUACCAGUAUCUUUUUUUGCUGUUUCUCCAUGAAUCUCUUGUAUUGCUCCUGGAAAACUUAAGGAAUGACGUAGAAGCAGUGACAGGAAAACCUGCAAAGCAAACAGAUGUCUGCAUUGGGAUCCUACUGAAAAGUGCAGAAAUAGCCUUACUACUCCAUCCAGUGACUCAGGGAAACCCUUGUAAGUCUCCUGUUGUGGAAGAAGGAAGUCCCGUGGCAUCAGAACUCUCCCCUGUGGGAAAUGGGGAAGCUCUUACUUCAGAGAGUAAAUUAGUUGGUAGUAAGAUAGUGGAAGCUGGUAUUACUAAUUUUAAUUAUGUAAAUGACUGCAAGCCUCUGAAUGCUGAAGUUAAUAAAGGAAUUUUAAUAGAUCCUCUUUUGUUUAAAUCAGACAGUAAUACAGAUUUUCAGAAAGGAAUGUCAUUUUCAGAUGAUGCAUCAGAUAAAGGUUUGGGAGAUACAAGUGAAGGAGGAAGCAGUGGACUCUUUAGUAGAAGUGAUUCAGAGGAGGUCUGUGGACCUCUCAGUGAGAAAAGUAGCUUGAAUCCUAGGGAUUCAGUGUCCAUUCUGAAUAAGAGAGAAGAUUCUACUGAAUUUUUCAUUGAUAAAGAGGAUGACAGAAAUAUAUUCUCAAAUAAGUUAAAUGAACAGGAAGGCACAACUGAAGGCUGUCCUAACCAAGUCAAUGACUUGGAAACAGAAACUGCCUUAGAAUCUGAAGAGCUUGAAAUCAACAAAGACCAAGUGACUUCAGUUAAAAUGUUUGCAUCCCAGUCUUCAUCAAGUGCUAAGCCUAAGGAACGCUGCUCAUCCAACCUCCCUGCAUUCUCUGUUUCUUACAAAAAUAUGAAGAGAAGUCCAUCACAAGUCUCUCUGGAUACCAUCUCUAUUGAUAGUAUGAUGCUAGAGGAUCAUUUGAUAGAGAGUGAUGGAAGUGACAGUCAAAGCUUUCUGGAGAAAGGUAUUACAGCCACAAACUAUCAAAGUCCAUCAGAAAAUGCCCAUGAAGGAGGCACAGUGAUUGAAAAUUGUGAUGGGUCAUCUCCAGAUGCCAUGAGCGCUGCUUCAGAGAAUGCCCAUGAGACCAGUGAAGAAAUGAUGUCUGUUGUGGUUUUUCAAGUAUUUGGUGUUAAUGGUGAAAUCGACAUCAGGGGUGAGGACACAGAAAUUUGCCUGCAGGUCAACCGAGUGAUACCACAUCAGUUGGGAAACAUUAGUGUUCGACACUAUCUGUGCAACAGAACUGUUGGUUCUGACUGUAAAUCUGUGACUGGAUCUCUUAAUUCAUCACCUGAGAUUAGUCUGAGAUGGGAAAAUGGUCCUAGUGCUGUUGUACAUUCACUGCUAGCUGUGAAAAAUGGUUUUCUUCAGUGUCAUGUGGAGAACUUCAGUGCUGAAUUUCUAACAUCUUCCCUCACAAACAUUCAGCAUUUUCUAGAAGAUGAAACUGUUGCAGAAGUGAUGCCUAUGAAGAUAAAAGUUUCUAAUGCAAGGAUUAAUUUAAAAGAUGAUAGUCCACGUGAAAAUCUCAAGGCAUCUGAGGUGGUACCCAUAAAACUGCAUAUUGACAUACUCUGGAUAGAAAGAAAUGAUGAUGGCACUUUUGUCAUUAGAGAUAAUCAAAAAAUAAGUGAUGUGUCAAAGAUGAAUUCAAGUAGUGCAUUGCAGCAAACAGUGGAACCUGUUGAAUGUAAAACAAAGGACCAAGCCACACAGAUUACUUGUGAAAUUCCCAGACCUUCUAAAUCAAGCAGAGAUUCAGCUGACUUCCUUAAAAAUGAGCUUAUUGAAGAAAAUGAAUGUCUCAAACGGGAACUAGCCAAAGCCAAACUGGCUCUUGCUGAGGUCCAAAUGGAAAAAGAUGCCCUGCUUCAUCACAUGAAGAAGAUGAAUGUUGAUCAUCAGUAGGACAGUGUUCUGGCAGUGCAAGAACAUCAGAACUUCAGGUGAUGGUGGCAUCUAAAAUACUGUCUGUAAAUCACUUGAAGGUGUGGUUAUUUUUUGGUCACAGACAAAGUUUUCUCAUUACAAAAAAAUGUAUGUGAACUAGGUACUAUUCUGAAUUUUUCAUUAAACAUUGUAACUUUUUUCAGCUCAUUUUAAACUGAAUUGACUUGGGAAAAAUCAGUUUGUACUGUACUUUAUUAAUUUACAAACGAAAAAGUCAUAUCAUCUACUUUUAAUAUUAUCAAAGGAAAUGUUAUUUUUAAAAUGUUUUCUGAAAAGUGGAUGGCUCAGCUGUGAAAAAAGGUGUACCACAUGUACCACACCCUCACUAACAAACUGUACCUCUGUUUGUUAAAGAUAUGUUGUUUGAUUGUUACCAGAAGGUAUCCAUACAAGAUGUUACAUUUGCACUAUGAUGAUAUGGGCUAGAUCCUCUAGAAUAGUAUAGCUACUGAAAAUUAAAAUACCAGCCCCUAAACUGGCCCUAAAUUCAGUGUAAUUUGCCCAGAGAGGAUUUUAAGAAUAAUCCUCUGGUGCUAUAGACUUCCCUAUACCGUUUCCAUAUGUGCUCCUAAAAUACCACAGUAAAUGCUGGAGAAUUAAAGUAAGAGGGCAUACUACUGGGCUUUCCUUCUGCAUGAAGGUCCACUGUGUCUGUAUAGCUGAUGUAACUUAGACAUUCACACUUUAUUUUCCUCUCUCUGUGAUGAGGAUAUAGCCCUGGACUAGGAUCCAGCCCUUUGUGACAGGUGAGCUUGGAGCCAUUUUGCAUGCAUGUCUGAUUUCUGCACAACUCAUCAGACAUGCCCGAGGAUUCGGUUCAGUGUAUUUAAAUAUGUAGUGUCAGUGCUCGUGAGGGGGGAAAAUCCUACAGGGAUUUAUUAAUUGUAUAUUGCUUUUUUUGAUAAAAAAGUUGUAGAGAAUCACUUAAUUACCCAAUGAAAUUGUGAGAUUACAUGAAAUGUAAUUAUACAGUUUAAAUUAUGGGUGAUUUGUACAAAUUGAACAAUAACUUUCAGCUAAAAACUGGUACAGAUGGAUAAGUAAAAAAGCACAACACUGUAAAAUAGAGAAUAUAAGAGUGUGCUUUUAAACAAUUUAGGAAACAACAUAUAAAACUAUAGAUGCCUGUAAGAGAUCGUCUUUGCUAGAAGUAAAAAUGACUGAAUAAUUUAACUGGUGACCUUGAAUCUGACAACUUAAAAUCUUUUAAUUGCUACCACAAUUGUUUCUGCUCCAUUGGAUGUUGGAGGGAAGUUUUAUUUGUAGAUAUGCAGGCAAAUUUCCUAAAGUAUUUAGUAUCCUGUGGUUUGACUUUGCAUAUGCAGGCUGUCAAACUAGUUUUAAUUAAAAUGGUUUUCAUUAAAACUUUUUGGAGGACACAUAAUUUGCACUGCCGAAAAUAGUUAUUGAAACUGUGUAGAUUUUAAUGAAGAACUCUGUGGAAGAACUGGUUCAGGCACUAUUUUAAAGCCUGCCUUAUGAACCCUCAUUGAAACUCCCCUUAAUGCCCAUGGAAAUUUUUAUUUUAUUAUUCUGAAUAAGAGGAAAAAAUAUACAUACAAUGUUUCUAAUAGAGAAAUUAAAUAUUUGUAUUUCAACAGUUAUUUAAGACAAUACAGCAAUUUCACAUAAAUGCAAUGUCAGAUUCAGGGGAGUAUUUCUCCACUGGUUUAAUUCUGGUUGGUACUAUUAAAGUAAUUCUUACUUGGUUUAUCCUUGCCAAGAUCUAGUUAGAAUUAUUCUGAAGAAAGGAAUGUACAGAGCGCUUAGUAGCAUGUUGCUAGAAUAUUACAUUGAGAAUUGUCUAAUUUUUCAAGAGAAAUAAAUAGCAAUAUCAAAUGCCUGUCUUUA